AUGUCAAAACCCAAACCAGGCCUCGGCAAAGGUCUCGUCCGCACCCUCUCUUCCGCCCAACAUCCCUCCCCCUCGCCGUCCUUCUCCCUCUCCCCCUCGGGGGUGCUUGCUUUGAAUGUCAGUGUGAGCCCUGGGCUCUUGGGGAAUGGGAGUGGGAGUGGGAGUGGAGGGGGAGGAGGAGGAGGGGGUGGGGGUGGGGGUGGGUAUGGGUAUGGGACGCCGUCUUUGGUUUAUAACGUCGGCUGGGGGCGGUCUGCUUCUGCCUCCAGCUCUGGGGUCAGGGGAGGAGGCGGGAUGGGCAUGGGCAUGGGUGAGCAGGUACCCAGCUGGUCCUGGGAUUCAAGCGAUAUUGUCCUUGCCCACCACUCCCACUCCCACUCGGCGCGCGCAAUCCGUCACCCACCCUCCCCUUCGACGACGACGACUCCCCGCACAAGGUCGACCAUGUUCACCUCCUCUGUCGUCUUGUACCCGGCUUCCUCAGCGAGUAGUGAAAGUGGGAGUGGGAGGGGGAGGGGGACGAGGUAUCUCUCGACGGCAGCUUUACCGCUGGGAAGCAGUUCUGGCUCGAACGGCGCGCAGAGUCAGGGGAUGUAUCUCUUCCCAGACCGGGGGGUGUACACCUCUUCCACCGCCCAAGCGAGCCUCGAAGCCCUUCUUCAAGCAUUCCAACUCUCCCCCUCCUCCUCCUCCUCCUCUUCAUCAUCAUCAUCGUCGUCGUCGUCGUCUUCAGCACCACCAACAAACAUGAUCCCCCGCGCCCCCUCCCCCCGCACAACCCACCAAUCCCUCAAACCCCGCACUUCCAACCCCAUCUCCCACUCUUCCAGCCCCUCCACCAGCGCGUCCUACUCGUCUGGCACGAGGGCAGGGUGGAAGGAUGUACCGCCGAUGAUGGCGGGGGAGGAUGUACCGCCAGCGGCGUAUGGGGCGACAUUGAUCUUUCAUCUGGGCGCUUCCGGCUCGCCUAAAGAACGGCUCCCUCCUAAACCUUCUUCCUCCUCUCCCCCACCCCGCCCCCCAGUCCCACCAAGACAACGCUCCUUCCCCCUCCCUCCCACGCCAUCGCCGACAUCAGCGCAACUCCAAUCAUCCUCCGUCUCCGUCGGCGAAGACGCCUACUUUACCCGAGUCGACGGGAUGUGCAUUGCCGAUGGUGUUGGUGCUUGGGCGGCGAGUGGGAGGGGGGGAGCGGAUGCGGGGAGGUGGAGUCGGUUGUUGACGCAUUUCUGUGAGAGGGAAGUGGAGGGGUGGACGGAAGGUUCGGACGUGUAUUUGAAGGAGAGGAAGGGGAAGGAUGGGACUGUAGGGGAGAAGGAGGGUGUAGCGGAGGAGAGGGAGAGGAGGCCGUUGGACCCGGUGGAGAUUAUGCAGAGGGGAUAUGAAAAGUGUUUAUCGUGUGCCAUCUCUGAAGGUGUCAACGGGUCCUCAACAUGCCUGAUAGCGCUCCUCAAAAACUCGACCCUGCACAUAGCCAACCUCGGGGACUGCUGCCUGCUGUUGAUCAGAGGUGACAAGGUGGUAUUCCGGACCGAAGAGAUGCAGCACGCAUUCAACUUUCCUCAUCAAGUCGGCACGCAUAGUAGGGAUGAACCGAUGAAGGACGCUAUGCGGUUUGACGUACCCGUCAAGAAGGGUGAUAUCGUCAUCGUCGGGAGUGAUGGGCUUAUGGACAAUAUGUUUGACGAAGACAUCCUCGAAACCAUCUCCCAAUUCACCUCCCCUUCGACACCCCAACCAACCACCUUCUCCCCCCAAUCAGCAGCCUCAGCCCUCUGCACCCGCGCCCGCCAAAUAUCCCAACAAACAUCAACCACCACGCCGUUCAUGUGCGCUGCUAUAGAAGAGGGGAUUGAUUUUGUGGGAGGGAAGAAGGAUGAUAUCAGUGUUGUUGUCGGGGUUGUUGGGGAUCGGGAGAUGGGUCAGGGAGAGGGUGAGGGAGGGGGGGUGGAGAUGGAGGAGGAGGAGGAGGAGGAGGUUAGAGGGAAGAGGGAAGGAGGGUUGGCGCUGCAUAUGUCGUAG